CUCUCGCCGAGCAGUGUCGAAACCCUCUGAGCGCGUGGUGCGAUACCUUUUGUCUGUCUUCCAACAACACACAGAUACGACUCGCAAUCAUGGCUGUUGGAAAGAACAAGCGCCUUUCUAAGGGUAAGAAGGGUAUCAAGAAGAGAACAGUCGACCCCUUCACCCGCAAGGACGAGUACUCCGUGAAGGCUCCCUCCACCUUCCAGACCCGCGAUGUCGGCAAGACUCUGGUCAACCGCACCAGCGGUCUGAAGAACGCCAACGACUCGCUGAAGGGCCGUAUCUUCGAGGUCUCCCUGGCCGAUCUCCAGAAUGACGAGGAUCACGCUUUCCGCAAGGUGAAGCUCCGUGUUGAUGAGAUCCAGGGCAAGAACUGCUUGACCAACUUCCACGGCUUGGACUUCACCACCGACAAGCUCCGUUCCCUUGUCCGCAAGUGGCAGUCUCUGAUCGAGGCCAACGUCACUGUGAAGACUACUGACGACUAUCUCAUCCGCCUGUUCGCCAUUGCCUUCACCAAGAGACGCCCCAACCAGAUCAAGAAGACCACCUACGCCCGUUCUUCUCAGAUCCGCGCCAUUCGCAAGAAGAUGACCGAGAUCAUGCAGCGUGAGGCCUCUAGCUGCACUCUCUCUCAGCUCACCCACAAGCUCAUUCCCGAGGUCAUUGGCCGUGAGAUCGAGAAGUCCACCCAGGGCAUCUACCCCCUGCAGAAUGUCCACAUUCGCAAGGUCAAGCUCCUCAAGUCCCCCAAGUUUGACCUUGGUGCUCUUCUUGCUCUCCACGGAGAGUCCGCGACUGACGACAAGGGCCAGAAGGUGGAGCGGGAGUUCAAGGAGCAGGUCCUCGAGAAUGUUUAAAUGUUAUGUCAUUUGAAGUGGUGUCACGUAUUGGUCAGCCGAGGCAGAUCGUUGUCUUCUGGUCAUUAGGAAAAGAAAAAAGUUCAUAACGUGUAUGGCAG